GUGUGGGCGCCGCGGCGGCCCAGCUACCCGGUGCUGCUGGACGCCGACGCCCCGACCGUGAGGCCCACGCCGCCAGGACCGCGGGGAGAGGGGAGCUCUGCUCCCAACGCCCAGUGAAGUUGUCCGUGUGAGUCCUGCAUGUCUGGGUGUUCCUGGCCCCCCACCCAUCCGCCUGGAGGUGCAUCUGUGGGCGCGGGGAGCAAGAGUGGCGGAUAUGAUCUCAACCUCUUCGCCAGCCCUCCCGACUGCAACUUCCUGUGCUCCGUGUGCCACGGGGUUCUCAAGAGGCCAGUGAGGUUGCCAUGCAGCCAUAUCUUCUGCAAGAAAUGCAUCCUCCGGUGGCUAGCCAGACAGAAGACCUGUCCAUGCUGCAGGAAAGAGGUGAAAUGGAAAAAGAUGGUCCAUGUAAAUAAACUCCGGAGGACCAUCGGCCGCCUGGAAGUCAAGUGCAAGAACGCGGAAGCUGGCUGCUUGGUGACGUGCCCCCUGGCCCAUCGAAGGGGGCACCAGGACUCAUGCCCUUUCGAGCUGAUGGCCUGCCCCAAUGAGGGCUGCACGGCACGGGUGCCACGUGGGUCCCUGGCUGAGCACUGGCAGCACUGCCAACGUGGGGCCCAGCAGCGCUGCCCACUGGGCUGUGGGGCCGCCCUGGGCCCAGUGGAGCGUGCACGCCACAACUGCUACCGUGAGCUGCGCGACGCCUGGACCCAGCGUCAGGAGCGCAGCCGGACCCUGGUGCUGGGCCUGCUGCGGCGCAUGCGCAAAGUGCACCGCACCACCAAUCUCAUCCGCAGGCAGCUGGCCCAGCUCGGAGACUUCCUGGAGGAGGACGACGCGCUGCUCGUGGGCGCCCCGCAAGGGGAGUCCGAGGCCACCCCAGAAGGCAGCAUUGGGGCCGAGGUUGGGGAGCCCAGGGCCACGGUACCUUGUAAACAGAGGGGUAAAUAAACGCAGAGCCCAGGCCUGGCCCGCCCUGCCACUUCUGUGCUUGCCGGCCUCACAGCUUUAUCCCAUUUGCCACCCCCACCCCCGCCCCGCC